GAGGAGCGCGUGGCGUAUGGAGAGAGAGCAGUGAGACUUUUGCUCCCUCACAAUUAAAAAAAAUACGAAAUAUAAAAUAUUCCGCGUUAAUUUUGGUUUAUCGGAGUGUAUUACGUGAUGGAUCCGUUCACCGAGAAACUGUUAGAGCGCACGCGUGCUCGCAGAGAAAAUCUCCAAAAGAAGAUUGCAGAGAGACCCACUGGAGCCAAUCGUCCAAUGGCAAAGAGGACCAGGGAGCCACUCGCAGACACAAACAGUGUCAUUACUGAGCCCAUCAUAGAAAAAGAACGGAUAGCCCUUCCCUCCUCCAAACCAUCCCCCUCAAAGCGUCGCUGUUCAGAUGAAAAUAACCUCACCACUGGGGAAAAAAAUAAGCAACCAGUGGCCCCACAGUUUACAGCCUCCGAGCCCAUGACGGACAAGAAGCCACCCAAGGCACCAAACAGUAUUCGCCCUUCGUCAGUUGAGCAAAGGGCUUCCCUUCGUACCCAAGAACCAGAAACGCUCCCCACUCGCCCCCCUGCAGAAACUGAAAAGAUUGUGGUUAACCCCCCAGCAUCUCCUGCAAAGAAGACAGAUAGUGUGAUGAAGCAUUCUGCACUAGAUGGAGCCAGAGAGACUCAGAAAGACACACCAGCUGCAGUCCCCACCAACAUGAGAUCUCGUCUACAGAGACUGGCUGAACAGAGGCAUUACUGGGAGUCUGACAGUACUCCUGACACAGUUCCAGAGAGUGUAUCCAUAUCUCCUCUUAAAUCCCAGACAGUAGAUCUUCCAUCUACUCCUGCUUCUACAAACUCUAGGACCCCCAUUGGGCGAAAAGGUAGACUCGCAAAUCUUGCUGCCACAAUUGGUUCCUGGGAGGAUGAUCUUGGACACGUGCCCAUUCGCCAGGACAAUGCACAAGCGCAGCCUGGCACGGCCUGCGUACGCCCCCCAGCUUGCGCAGGAACAAACAUCAGUACCAAGCCAAGUUUAGCUGUGGAGAAACCUCAGUUAGCCGCAAAAGCUCCAGAAAAGUCUCUUGGCAGCAGUCAGCAGCCAGCAGUUUACUCUCCAGUCAAGUCAAUGAAAGUGGUUCCCCCUAGUCCUCAAAAGACAGAAUUGCCUCAACGUAGACCGACUCAAGUGCUUCCAUCCCCUGUUCCCAGCCCAGUGAAGACCUGUUCUUCUACCCAGCCUUCCAGUCCUCUCAAAUCUUCCAUAACUUCUAGUCCUCAUCGAGGUCACAUCCCUCAGAGUCCCUUGAAGAAUCAGGGUCCAUCAAGCAAACUGAUUUCAGGAACAGCACAUAACUCAAGUCCUGCAAAACCAGUUUUGACACCUAAACCCUCUGCCGAUGCCGCUGUAGUUCCUCAAAGCCGUGAGAGAUUUACAAAGGAUGCAACACCCUUACAGCAGAGAGGUCCAACUGGAACUUCUGGAGGUGUCAAGUCAUUUCUGGAGCGGUUCGGGGAAAGGUGCCAGGAGCGUAACCAGAGUUCUCCCUCCACAUUAGGUGGUCAGAGCCACACGCCUGCGGCCACACCCUCUGCCACCCCAAAGUCCAGGCUGCUCCAGGAGAGGCUCGGAGGUGCCCAAGCUUCCUCCAGCACAGCUCUCCUCACUCAGAAACAAAAAAUGGAGCGGGAGGCUGAACUGGCACAAGUUCGUAACCGAUUUCAAAAAGGGAAACUGUGGGGAAGCAAAGAGAAUCUCUGUGAUGUAAAGAGUGACCCUGAAACUAAGGAAAUUGAACAGCCAGAACAGAGUGAGACCUCUGCAUCACUGCUUGAUAGUGAGCAUACAUCACAAGUCCCUGAAAUCGUCAAAAGUCCUUUCAAGUCUAGUGCACAAGAUGAGGAGUUAAAGAGAAUCUGCCCUCCCUCAGACAUGGGCCGUGCUCUUCCAAGCCCUGUAAAGCAGGUCAGUUUCACAGUAGAGACACCUAAAGUCAAAGAGGAAGUGAAAGAAGUUGAAGAAGUGCAUGAGAUCGAGAUGAACGUGGAUGGUUCGAUUAAUUCUGAGGUGAUUAAUGACCUCUUCGAUGGAGUUCUUGAGGGGCACAGUGAUGAGGAGGAUGGAGAUGAAGAUGCUCUGAACAUAUCCUCCAUGUCUCUCCUUGCUCCGCUUGCAGAGACCGUAGCUGCUGUGGUCAAGAGCCCUGAAAGGAAGCUUAUGACUUCAACCCCUGCCAGUUCAUUCUGUGACAAGCGUUCCACUCCUGAGGCUACUUCCAGGCCCAGCAAGUUUCAGAAGGCACGCAUGUUAAGAGCCGGGUCAUCUGACAGCAUCGACGCCUUAGAUGAGGAACAAAACCCCAACCUUCUCUACAGCAUUGAUGCCUACAGAUCCACCAGGGUUAAGACCGAGUCUGAGAGACCUCAUGUUAAGCAGGUGAUCGUGAGAAAAGAGGAUGUUAGUCAGAGGACUGAAACAAUUGGGACUCCCAGUCACAUCAACAUCAAGCAGAAAAUAAAGGUGUUGACCAAUGAGAUGAACCUGCAGCAGACUGUGAUCCAUCAGGCUAGUCAGGCUCUGAACUGCUGUACAGAUGAGGAGCACGGCAAAGGAUCUCAAGUAGAGGCCGAGGCUGAGAGACUUUUACUUAUUGCCACUGAGAAAAGGGCUGCUCUUAAGGCCGAGCUGGAUAGCCUAAAGACAGAUGCUCAGAAGAAAAGUGCCUCCAGUGCUCAGGUGGAUGUGGGUAUACCCCCUUCUAAAGGAUCCAUCUCAGUCCUUGAGGUCCGACUCCCCCUAAAGGCCGAUUUUAUCUGCUCUUCUGCAAACAAGCCUGAAUGUGGAAACCAUUAUUUCUUCAUCAUGAUUCGCGCUGGAGCUGAGAACACUAUGGCAACUACUUUAGCAAGCACACGCAAUGCCCUCAGUGGAGAUGCGCUGACUUUCACUACCAAAUUCACUUUGUCUGAUGUGUCUAAUGACUUUGAGAUUGAUAUUGAGGUCUACUAUUUGGUUCAGAAACGAGAGCUGAACCCUGACAAGAGGAAGAAGGCCAACAAGUCAAAGGCUAUCACACCAAAGAGGUUCCUUGCUAAAAGCAGCCUCCAAACACCUGUUAUGGCUAGCCCUGGUGGUCCAAAUGCAGUGCGCACCAGUAACUUUCUACUUGUGGGAUCGCACAAGUUGACCUUAGCCUCUAUUGGGAAAAACAAGUUUCCCUUGGAAAAGAUCAGAUAUGAAGGGAAUGAGAGAGAGCUGCUCAGUGACAUGUUUCACCAAAAGGUUCCUUUCCUUUGUCCUUUGGAAGGACACGUAUACCUGAAAAUGCAGUGCGAGGUUGGCUCUCGGGUUGAGGAAAGGGGCUUCUUGACUAUGUUUGAGGAUGUCAGUGGUUUUGGAGCAUGGCACAGGAGGUGGUGUGUCCUCUCGGGAUACUGCAUCUCUUAUUGGACCUACCCUGAUGAUGAAAAACGAAAGAAUCCAAUUGGUCGCAUUAACCUUGCCAGUUGUACCAGUCGUAAAGUGGAGCCGGCCAACCGGGAGUUUUGUGCCCGACCAAAUACAUUUGAGCUCAUCACUGUAAGACCACAGAGGGAGGAAGAUAAAGAAACACUGGUCAGCCAGUGCAAGGACACCAUGUGUGUUACAAAGAACUGGCUUAGUGCUGACACUAAAGACGAGAGAAACCUGUGGAUGCAGAAGCUCAACCAGAUCUUGGUGGACCUGCGCAUGUGGCAGCCAGAUUCGUGCUACAGGCCAAUGUGAGCAUUCCUUGUUUCCGAUCACGGGCCAAUUAUAUCUCGCUCUAACUAUCAAAUUCACGCUUGAUUUGGAAGUGCAAUAUAGUGUCAGUUACGACGUGUUUACAGAUAUAUUUUACAAGCUUUUUAUUUGACAAAAGUCAAUUGUUCAUGGGGAUGAGAAGACAAUAAAGCCAUAAAAAAAAAAGAGACAUUUCAGUACUUUAUAGAAAGAAAUGCUUUGCCUCACAAGGGCUUUCAGGUAUGUUAUGAAUAUAUAUUGUUUUAAUUAGCAUGGCGUACUUAAAGACAAACAAACGUUUGUUUGCUUUGUUAGACUGUCAAUCUUUAUAUGUAUGAAUAUUUAAAUGUCUUAUGCAUGACUACUGUCUGUAGAAGCACCUGCUGUAAUGAAUCAGGUGAUUCUUCAUUUCUCCUCUUAGCAAGCCAAACACAAUAAUUCAUGAAAUGGAGACAGGAGAAUUGUCCUUUAUCUGUAAAUGGACCACACCAUUAAUGUCACUACUUUUUGAAAGUUUUUUUUUUAUUAUUGUUGAAUGAACCCGUGAUCUUUUGGUUAGCAGGUUUACUUGCUGAUGUGUGCAUGGCUUUUACUUAUCGCUCACUCAUCCAUUACGGGAAUCAGGAUUUUGUUGAAUUUACUAAAAUCUUUGGUUGAAUGUGUUUUAUUGAUGUAUAUAUGUUUUCAGUUACUUUGAAUACACAGUUGAUGUCACACUUUGAUAUAAGACCAUGGUUUAAUUUUGUUAUGGGAAGGCUUACAGACAAUGUUAAUUAUUUACGUGCUUACACUUUUUAUGUUUGUAUAAAAAUAUAGGUUCUUAACCAAUAUCACUCAUUUAAAGCUCUUUUUGGCCCGCUUUCAGCAAUAAGACUCAUUUGAUGAGGGAAUAUGGGCCUACAAAAUAAGACAAAUACACUUCAUAUGUCUUAUUUUGUCAGGUGAAAAGUUGAGUGCCAUAGACUUGCUUUAGGUGGAAAAGAAAAAUGGCCCAAGACGUCAAAGCUAAUUUGUUGACUUUAUCCUGAUGAUAUUUUUAAUUUUGUGAGUUGAAAUAUUCUUAUCAGGCUGUCAGUACACAUGUAUAUUUCUGGUGUUUGCUUUUUAUAAAAUCAUUUUAUAACUUUUUAAAUGGUUAUACCUUGUCCUAGAUUUAUUUAUAUUUUUCAAAAAUGUUUAAGAAAUUUGUUAGCAAUUUGUUACAAUUUCUUUUUUAUUAACACCAAAUCUAGGACAUGGUUCUUUGACCUUUUGUUAGACAAUGACAACAUUCAGCCACUGUUGCUGUAGAAAUCUUAAGGCACUUUAGUUUUAUGGCAUAUGUGUGCUGUUUUUGUGUGUUUUGACCUUUGCAUAACACUCCAAAUGUGGCUUCCAUGUAUCCAGCAAAGCUACAGUUCAAAUAAAAAAGCUU